GCGUGGCUUGUUAUUUCUUCUCUCUCUGCGGAACACAAUGCAAGCUGUUACAAGACAGGGCUUUCUUUUCCUUCUCUUUCUCUUCUCCUUUCUCUUUGGCUCCACUCUAGCUGUUGUACAUGGCCCUAAGCUGCCAAAGGGAGCCGUUCGUCAGCCAUUAGUGGUCAAGAUUGAUAGUCUUGACGAGCCUUUAGGAUCAGUGUAUCAGAAAGCAACAAAACAAGCUCGUGAACAAGCAGAGAAGGAAGAUAAGGAAGAUAGUUCCUUGUCACGAGAGCGUCAGUUGAGAUCUCUUCCUGACGUUGCACCUAAUGGAUUUGGUACAACAGUUGUUCUUGAAAAUGAUCCCCACACCUUUGCACUGGUUCACUGGUCAGGACUGCCCAAGAAAAGGAUCUUCAUAUUAACAAGAGAUAGAGACAGUGAUGGCAAUUCAAGGGAGAGCUACCUCUGGCUGUCUACGGAUUAUGGAAAGAGUUUUCAGAAUAUAACAGGUCGUGUCUAUUCGAACCAGAUCAUACUUGAGUGGUAUUACGUCAGCUCUGAUGCUGAUAAACUCAUUUUUGCUGAUGUCAUUCAUCGCAACAUUUACGUUACUUUGGAUGAGGGGGACACUUUUAUUGAAUACCAUGUGAAUUUCUCUCCGGAUAAAUUCACAUUUCAACACUCUUAUGUACCCAAUGUGGCUAAGUAUGACAGCUAUGUACUGGGAUACGACAAUACCCUUCAAACAUUAUGGGUGUCCAAUAAUACAGGUGCUACUUGGUCCAAACUCGGUGCUAAUGUCACGAGGUACGAAUGGCGUCAGUUAAACUCCACUUAUGAAGAUGGCAGCACCGUUUACUUUGAUAUGAAAAUUAACGCUACUGCCUGUCAGUUGUACAAGGCAACCCUUUCAACAUACAAUAGUUCCAGUCAGCCAUUGUUUGAUGCUUCAUUGGGUGUAUUCAUGCCUAAUUCAUUUGCUCUUUCUUAUCAGUACAUGUUUACUCAGAGGAAUUAUUCAGAUGUUGGUAGGCCCACUACUGGUUACAUUAGUCCCCUUUGGGUCAGUCAUUAUCGUAAAGCCUUCAAAGCUGCUUCCUUUUCUCUUCAACUUGAUGAAAGACAUUAUGCAAUGGUUGAUGGCAGUGAGGGUCAGGUUCUGAUGGGCGUGUAUCACGACCCCAAUAACACUAACCUUUACAUAUCGGAGGAGGCGGGUCUCAACUACUCACUGUCACUUGAACACCUCAUCAGUCCACCAGAGAGCGACUGGAUUGACUCAUAUCCUACUUUUGAUGUGUACGUAGUAGAGGGUAUUCCUGGAACUUAUCUUGUCAACAGGAGAGUGUACGGUAGUACUCAGGGGGCUACUGUCAUCAGCUUUGAUAAAGGAGGAGAAUGGAAACCACUCAAUCCACCUACUACUGAUGCUAGUGGACACUUGAUCAAUUGUAACCUGCCGUGUUCCCUUCACCUUCACAUGUACAUUGAUGAGUCUCAUGGUUUCCAGCCGAUAUUAUCACAAGACUCCGCCCCUAACAUCAUAAUGGCAUUAGGUAAUCUUGGUUUAAGUCUCAAUCGGUACAACUACUACGCCUUGAGGUUAUAUAUAUCGGACAAUGGUGGAGUCACUUGGAGGGAACUAGCCUCGGGUUAUAAAGAGUUCCAGCUGAUCAAUUUUGGAGUGUUCACCUCUAUUGUUGCCAAAUGGACGCAAACCAGUACAGUACAAUCUUCCUGUGACGAGGGACAGAACUGGAGUACUUACACAUUCACAAAUGCCAGCGUCAGCCAGAGGAUAUACGUAGUGAGGAUGUUUACGGAAUAUGGGGAGGAGUCUCAACAUGCUACCGUAUUUGGAUACAGACCUGACGCUACUUAUGCCAACUUUGAAUGGCUAGUGAUUGAUCUGGACUUUACUGUAUUAAAUAUAUCAAACUGUAAUGCCAGUGAUUAUUAUCAGUGGAGACCAACUGACGAGAGAGAGGGCCAGUUGUGUAUACUAGGUGAGUCUGUUGAGUAUGAGAGAAGGUACCCUGACCAUUGCUGCAUGAUCAGUUCCGAUUACGAGAGACCCAUCAGCAGGAAACCUUGCUUCUGUACCUUUGAAGACUUUGAAUGUCAAGUUGGAUUUGAGAGGGUUGGUCUCAGCGGAGAGUGUAGCCCCAUGGCAGGAACAGUCUAUCCUCCUAACCCUCCCAUUGACUGCUUCGAGGGGAACAAUUACUCUUACCCAUCACCUUACCGCAGGAUUGCUGGUGAUAAGUGCAAAGAUGGAAAUGAAACCUUCUAUCAGUCAGUAAUGGUAAGGUGUCCAGUACUACCUCCAGCAGAUAUGACAAUAACGACUGACAACUAUCAUGUCAGAGCUAACACAGAAGUCACCUUUACCCUUGAGCAAAGAAGUGGCGGUAAAGCAGUUACCUUUUACUCCUGGUCCUUUGAUGACAACACCCCCACAUCAUCUCCUCCUAUUAAAGGUUUUGACUCUGCUAGUACCCAGCGGUACACCUACACUGUACCUGGGGCUUAUAAUGUCACCGUCUUUGCUAAGAAUGAUGCUGGUAACAAUACUGCUCAUAUUACGAUAUUCGUAUUAGAUAAAGUGGUUGAUUUCACAGUAAUGCCAAAGAUUGCUAGGGUCACUCAGAAGUCUGUGUACUUCCUUGAAAAUAUAACGACACUCCACAAUACACUAUUUAUUGAGCCUGGAACGUAUACCUGGGACUUUGGUGAUAACACUCCAACGGAAACUGAAGAUAUAAAAGCAGUUGAACACACCUACUGGAACAUUGGAAAUUAUACACUAACGGUGACCUUUGCUAAUAUAUACGGAAUUAAAAUGAAUCAUUUCCCCAUAUUAGUUGAAAAUGUUACAUCUCCUCUACAUUUGAAUGCUACCCUCAACAGCAAUCCAUUACAAACCGAUAGCUUCAUACCAGUUGGUAAAGAAGUUCUAUUCACCGUCACACCUUAUCAGCCCGAUACUACCUAUGAUUGGGUGAUAUCUCAUGCUGGGGCUCAUGGUGGCACACCAUUACUCAAUUCUGUUGGUACUGCCACUUCUAAAUCUUUUACAUUCUCUGAAGCUGGGAGGUACGUGGUGAGAGUGUCCAGUAAUAAUUACAUUGGAGCUAGUCAAGUAUCAAGACUAUUCACUGUAGAAUAUCCCAUUGCUCGUGCCACCCUUACCUUCAAACAACCAGUGUAUCGUAUUAAUAAACAAGUCGAUGCUGUUCUUGCAGUUCUAGGUUCUUCCUCCAGUUACAGUGGCAACUUGUACAUUAAUCUACACUCUGGUGAUAGCAGCAGUAGUACUAGCGGCAGUCAGGAUUCCACUGCAUUACUGAGUACAUUCCUAACAGUAGCUAAUGGGGCUACUACCUUUAGUUUCAUUGCACCUGAGGCCGGUACUGUAUCAGUUAAUGCAGAGUUGCAUAAUAACGUAUCAUCCGUUACAACUAAGCAGACAUUAAUGGUAGCAGGUCCUGGGGCAUACGGUUAUGUCCGUGUCAUUUUCAAGACAUUGACUAAAUUUGAUUACAAUGACUACCAGGUGCAACUAGACGUACAGAAUGGCGUAAAGAAUAAAAUAUUAUCAUCGUAUGCAGUUUUAAAAUGGCAGCUAAGCGUUAAUGUGUCCCUGGAAAGUAAUGCUACAGUUGUUUCAGGUCCUAGGAAACGUUCUGGAGCUGCUGACCAACAGUAUCUCAUUGCUCAUGUCACAAUUCUUCCAAAGACACUGUCUUCUGAUGAUGUGCUCAAAGUUCAAACGUUAUCUAAGACGAUUGCAGCUGACAUUAACGAUGGGAAUACUACCUUCACUGUUCGAAAUACUACCCUAAAAGCUACUGCUGAUCUAGGACCAACCAUUUUUAUUUACGAUCCUUAUCCAGUGGAUCACAAUUCAAAAGAUUACAAGCCACUAAUCAUAGGACUGGGAACAGGCACUGUUCUACUGGUCGUUGUUGCCUUGGUGAUAGUGGGUGUGGUCAUCUACUACUACAAAAAGAAGUACAGGUCGCUUGAGGUACGUUACACUCGUCUCCGUCAGGGUCCUAUGAGGUUCACGUUCUCCAGCGAGGGAGAGACGCUGGAGGAAGAAGAUUGGAGGAAUGAUGAGGAAGACACUGGAGUGGGAGAAGUAGAGGAGGAGAUUAAUAAUGAUGAACACACCCUUCAUAGCUUCCCUCCUAUAAACUCUUGAGAUGUUGAUACACGAACUUAUUUUGAUGCUAUUAAACACACACACACACACACAUUAUUAUAUAGAUAUGUAUAGUGUAAUGGUGUCUCUGUUAUUGUUAUUGAAAAGCCGCUAGCUUUUCCGGAUCUUUAGUUCUUGUAACAAACAAAACUUUUUAACUGAUAAAAA